AAAAACACCGAAAGAACAAAUAGAUUCCUCAUGGGUAGAUCUCCUUGUUGUGAGAAAGAACACACCAACAAAGGUGCAUGGACAAGCGAAGAGGAUGAGCGUCUCAUUAGCUAUAUCAAACUCCAUGGCGAAGGCUGUUGGAGAUCUCUCCCCAAAGCUGCUGGCUUGCUUCGAUGUGGGAAGAGUUGUAGGCUUAGAUGGAUAAACUACUUGAGGCCUGAUCUCAAGAGAGGAAACUUCACUGAAGAAGAAGAUGAACUCAUCAUUAAUCUUCACAGCUUACUUGGUAACAAAUGGUCUAUGAUUGCUGCAAGAUUGCCGGGGAGAACGGAUAACGAGAUCAAGAACUACUGGAACACUCAUAUCAAAAGAAAGCUGUAUAGCCGAGGGAUCGAUCCUAAAACGCACCGUUCCGUCGAUUCGGUUUCCACCACGAACAACAGCGGCAAUUGCAGAAACAAUAAUAAGAUCAACGCCAAUAGAUUCCUAUUAGAAACGAAAGAGACGGUGGUGCCACUGAUGCAAGUGCCUGACAACAUAGACAACGGAGCAGACUCGUCCGAAGAUUCAAACGGCAGCAGCGGAUUAAGUAGUGAAGAAGUUUUCCCACACAUCAAUCUUGAACUCUCUAUCGGGCUUCCGUUUCCCAGCUGCCAGCAGUCUCGAUUUUCAUCUUCCGACUUAAACCAAUCGCAGCAGCAACGAGUCGCCUAUCGGUUGUUCCGAUCGAAGACGCCGGAUGUGUGCUUAUGUUACGGUUUAGGGUUCCAGAAAAACCAAGCCUGUAGGUGCAGGGUCAUCACGACGUUGUAGCAUGCAGCCUGAUUUUCAAUGCAGAUAGAUAUUUCUUAAGAGGCCGUGUAUAU